CCAUCUCUCUUUCUUUUUCUUUUUCUUUUUUUUGUCUCUCUUUCUCCUUCAAGAAACAAUGCUUCCUUAAUCCGUUAAUCCAAGAUUCCGCCAUUCUCAAACCUCAAUUAUAGAAAAUUAAUAGCAAUAAUAUUAGAAGAAGAAAAAGAAGAAAACCCCAAUAAGAGCCAAAUCAAAUGGGAGCUUAUAGAGCAGAUGACGAUUAUGAUUACUUGUUCAAGGUCGUCUUGAUUGGAGAUUCUGGCGUCGGAAAAUCCAAUCUCUUGUCUCGUUUUACCAGAAAUGAAUUCAGCCUUGAAUCCAAAUCCACCAUCGGUGUGGAAUUCGCCACCCGCAGCAUCCACGUCGAUGAUAAGGUCGUCAAGGCCCAGAUUUGGGAUACCGCCGGCCAAGAGAGAUAUCGUGCCAUCACAAGUGCAUACUACAGAGGUGCUGUUGGAGCUUUGCUAGUGUACGAUGUUACUCGUCAUGUCACAUUUGAAAAUGUUCAGAGAUGGCUAAAGGAGCUCAGGGAUCACACAGAUGCCAACAUUGUGAUCAUGCUGGUAGGAAACAAGGCAGACCUGCGUCACCUGCGAGCUGUUGCCACUGAAGAUGCCAAGGGAUUUGCUGAACGAGAGAAUACCUUUUUCAUGGAGACAUCAGCUCUGGAAUCUAUGAAUGUGGAGAAUGCAUUCACGGAAGUGCUGACCCAGAUCUACCGAGUUGUAAGCAGGAAGGCUCUUGACAUUGGAGAUGACCCAGCAGCUUUGCCUAGAGGACAGACAAUCAACGUUGGAGGCAGAGAUGAUGUCUCAGCUGUUAAAAAGGCUGGAUGUUGCUCGUCUUAAGCAUGGAUAAAUUGCCUCGGAAGAAUCUCAUCUUUGAGGAUUUCAGGGAGCGUACCUGUGAAGAGAAGAGGAGGUCUAAAGGUCAUCAAACUUCAGAUUCUUUGCCCUGUUCAUAUCAUAGAGAUUUGUCUGACAACAUGAAAAUGUUAUCUUAAAAAAAAUUGUUAACUCUUUGAAGCUUGUGUUCCAAAAGCCAAAGAGGAUCUGUAUGCCGAAAGUUUAGGAUAUAAAAAAACGAAAUUCUGCUUUUAUUUUGAAGUUGUGAAGCGCUUGCUUUUCCCCAUUGUAGUACCUUGAUUAUUCAAUUGCUGCAGUUUUAUGUA